GCUACCGUCGCCGUUCAGCGGCAAGCACGGCGCGGUCACCAGCAUCCCCGUGCCGGCCACGUCCACCCCGCUGAGGAGGAACCCCCCGGACAAGGCCCGGCACCUUCUGCCACCGGGGGCGCUCAGCCAGCCUCCAGGGAGCCCCUUGGCCUCCGCCAGCAGUUCCCGCUCGACGAGCCCCAGUUCGGCGGCCCACUCGUUCAUCCCGAAGCCUGGGAACCGGAGCUCUCUCACCGAGAAACACAUCAACGGCAAUGGUCGCCAGCACUCGCAGAUCCGCGCCCCGGCCGUGGCCAGCCCGUACAGCGCCAACGCCGGCCCGCAGAGCAACAAUGGCAAGAACUCGUCCAUGCUGGACAAGUUCAAGCUGUUCAACAAUAAAGACAAGACUGAUAAGAUAAAGAGCAGCAGCUCGGGUACGACGGGCGUCUCGAAACGCACGUCGAGUUCCAGCGGCUUCAGCUCGGCGCGGUCGGAGCGCAGCGACUCGUCCACCAGCCUGUGCAGUGACGCCAGGCCGUCGUCUGGCCCCCGCGAAGGCCACAACGGCCACCUGCCGGCCCCGGGGCACCACGCCCCCGGCCACCACGGCCACGCGGACUCCCCGAGCCCCAAGCCGUCGCUGUCGCUGCGGAGCAAGAUCUCGCGCGGCGCCGGCAAGGACGCGAAGCAGAGCUCGCCCAAGUCGUCGCGCAAGGACGACGCCAAGCAGCACAAGCAGGGCGGCAUCGCGGUGAGCGGCAGCGUGUGCGGCGUGGUGAGCGCCAUCCCGGCCGGCAGCAGGGCGUCGACGGGCUCCGGGCUCGUGCCGCCGCGCGUCGGGACGCCCUCGAGCACGCCGACGUCGCGGCUCAGCGCGUCCACGCCGGAGCACGACCGGCCGGCGGUGGUGAGCCGCGCCGGCAGCGCGGGCGCCGCGACGCCCGAGCGCGAGCGGGCGCCGAGCAUGCGCGACAGCGGCGUCAGCGACCUGAGGAGCGGCUCCAACUCGACGGCGUCCUCGCCGCCGGCCAACGGGCCCGGCAGCGGCCCCGGGAGCAUGUACAACGGCUCGCUGUCCCCGCUGCCCACCACCACUCCGGGCAUCCCGCACCCGGGCCACCACCUCAACGCCUUCAACGGAGGCCACAACGGCCACGGGCUGCCCAACGGCGGCCACAACGUUGUCCACAUCGGCCACAACGGCAGCCACAACGUGAGCCACAACGGCCACAACGGUUUCCACAACGUUAUUCAAAACGACCAUCAGAAUGGGCUCCAAAACGGUUUCCCGAACGGCCAUCAGCAAGGCGUCCAGCACAACGGGUCGGGGACCCUCCCGCAGCCCGGAGUGGGGACAGGCAUCCCCAAGCCGACGGCCGCCGUCAAGGGGACGACCAAGCCGCCCAGGCCCGACAGCAACGGCUCGCUCAUCUCCCUCAAGGCCGAGAAGCAGGACCUCGUCAUCAAGCCCAAGCAGUCCCCGACCAAGGAGGAGGCGGUCGUCAACGGGUACCCGACGAGCAACAACCCCGCCGACCUGGUGAGCAGCGUCAACAGCAUCAACGCCAACCUGAGCGUCGCGCUGGUCAGUCCCAUGCAGCAGAACGACCUCAACGAGUCCAAGACCGACUCGUCCAACUCCACCGGCCAGAGCAACUCUUCCGACGGCAGCAUUGUGUUCCGGCCGAACGAGUCUGACACCAGCAGCAUGAUCAUCGGCAAGGACGCCAACGGCCACCACAGCGCCGAGGGCUCGUUCGACGACGACGACUCGACGAUGAACGUGAAGCCGAUGCAGCCGCUGCUGCAGGGCUACCACCGGUCGGCGCGCGGCCUGGGCUCGGGCCUGGGCCCCGCCAAGCACAACAAGUACUCCGGGUACCCCAACAAGAUGGAGCAGAAGAGGGCAUCGAACGGCGACGUGGAGGGGUGCGACCCGUCUUCCGGGUACGUGUCCGACGGGGACGUGCUGCGGAGGAGGUCCAACCAGUGCGGGCUGCCGGACGUGAGCGACGGCUACAUGUCGGACGCUGGCGUUUACGCGGCUCACCAGCAGCAACAACAACAGCAGCAGCAGAGGGGCUACGAGGGCCACGGGAAUCCGCACUCAGG